UACCAUCACCGUGUCAACUCCGACCAGUCCCAAUUGAGAUAUCGCGAAUCCCACGGUACCCGACAAGACACGUGGCCGACAAAGUAUACAACCCUCUCAAAGAAGAAGAAGAAGAAGAAGGUUAAGAAGACGACUAAACCAAACUAGUGGGGAGAAGUAUGAUGAGAAAGUGCCCACAUGAUCCUCAUCUUUCCAACAGGGCCCCACUUCAUGAAAAACCCUUUUUUCAAGAAUUGGUAGUAGCUGAUUACCCACUUGCAUGCUCAACAAAACUUCUCAAUCAGCUUGAAAAAUAGGGUGCUGAUGAUUAUCAUUAACUUAUUUCUUGAAUUCUUGCCCUUUUUCUAUAUUAAAUGAUGCAUUAACUAUUACCAAUUAAGCUGACUAAGAGCACGUUUGUGUACAAUAUUUUCUCUAGGUCAUAUAUUGUGUAGGGUUUUCUUUCUGUCCAUGAAUGAGCAUUCUUUUCUCCCCUCUUCCUCUUCUUUGUCUCCUGUCUGUUGAUCAAAAACUGUGUUUAAUUCCUUUCCUAAACCCUUGACAUGCAUGAAUCAACUGCCAGUCUUCCCGUUUUGAGGAGAAGGUGGUAAGUCCUAGUUCCAUGAUUUCGGCAGUGGCAAUUUCCUUGCAAAAGCAUAAUUAUCACGGAAGUUAAAAUGAAGUUCAUGAAACUGGGGACUCGUCCAGACACCUUCUACACAGAGGAGGCCACUAGGACAGUGAUGUCUGAUGUACCAAGUGACCUCACUGUUCAGAUAAACGACGUUACUUACCUUCUCCAUAAGCUACAGUAUCCUCUUCUUCCAAAGUCCGGACUGUUGCAACGCCUUUGCUCUGAGUCAGAUGAUCGUUCCAACAGUGUUGCCCUGGACCUGCACGACAUUCCCGGGGGAGAGGAAGCUUUCGAGCUCUGUGCUAAGUUUUGCUAUGGGAUCACAAUCAACCUCAGCGCCCACAAUUUUGUGUCUGCUUUCUGUGCUGCAAAGUUCCUCAGAAUGACUGAAGCAGUUGAAAAGGGAAACUUGGCCAUGAAAUUGGAGGCUUUCUUUUCAUCAUGCAUUCUUGAAGGUUGGAAGGAUUCCAUUUUGACUCUUCAGAACACUGAGAAAGUGUACGAGUGGUCAGAAAAUCUUGGUAUUAUCAGGAGGUGCAUAGAAUCAAUUGUUGACAAGAUAUUGACACCUCCAACAAAGGUUACAUGGUCUUAUACGUAUACUAGACCAGGGUAUUGGACAAAGCGCCACCAAUCAUCGGUGCCAAGGGACUGGUGGACUGAGGACUUAUCAUUUCUUGGCAUAGACAUAUUCCGAUGCAUAGUUGCUGCUGUUAAGUCAACAAAUAUGCUGCAACCACAGCUCAUUGGCGAGGCAUUGCACGUCUAUGCAAGCCGUUGGCUGCCAGAGAUCACAGAAAAUAGGCCUAAUGAGACUUCAACUUCUCAAGAACAAGAUUCUCCAGGCAGAAAACAGAAAAUUCUUGAGACCAUUGUGGGCCUGAUUCCGGCAGAUAAAGGGUCUGUCUCCAUUAAAUUCUUGCUGAGACUCCUUAGAAUCACCAACUUUCUUGCAGUUUCUCCGGUAACAAAAGCAGAACUCUUGAGGCUCUCAGGUUUACAACUCGAGGAGGCUACAUUGAGUGAUUUGCUGCUUCCAGCUCAGACCCCUAAUGAUCAAACCUCCACCAACAUUGAUAUGGUUACGAUGGUUUUGGAGAGUUUCUUGCGGCAGUGGAGAAGACAAACACCUGCAGAUGAAAGUCGAUUACUAAUGUCCAUACAAAAGAUCGGUAAGCUUAUCGAUUCCUACCUGCCAGUGGUUGCAAAGGAUGCCAACAUGCCAGUUCAAAAGGUGGCAUCUCUUGCUGAAACUCUGCCAGGGAUUGCACGGCCCCACCACGAUGAUCUCUACAAGGCAAUUAACAUUUACCUCAAGGAGCAUCCUGAACUGAGCAAAAUAGAAAAGAAACAGCUCUGUCGGGUUCUAGAUUGCCAAAAAUUGUCACCAGGAGUACGCGCCCAUGCUGUUAGGAACGAACAUUUGCCGCUGCGAACAGUGGUCCAAAUUCUCUUCUUUGAACAGGAGAAAGGAAACUAUAUAACAAAUAAAAAGCAUACAUCUCGAGAACUUGGAACCGCUGGAGUUCUUGAAUCUAAUGAUAAGCUGCCACUAAGACCAACCAGAAAUCGAGAAGGGAAAUCAGAGAUGAGGGGGUUCUGCAAUUCAGUUGAAUUCAUGCAAAAAGAGAUUAAAUGAGAAGAAUGCCCUGAAGACUUGCAGCUAAGGCGGAGGAAGAUAACCCACAAGGUGUAUGCUUCACACCCACUGGCAGAGUGAAUUUCUGCACAUAUCCUAUGCACUUUAAAAUGUAAACAAUAGCGUAUGUAUAAAGCUAUUCAUUGUUCCUGUUAUUGCUCCCGGUGUGUACAUCUGUUCAAUAACUAGCUCUUGGAAUGAAUGAAAUCAAAGGGAUCUGUGUAUCAGAUUGUUUUAUUCAAUGAACUUCCAAACUUGACCGCAUGAUUUUCACAAUUUUAAUCCAUCUGCAUGAACGAACACCGUCGUAUGAACUUUGACAGUUCCCACUGCUCAAACAACCAAUAGUAGAGUAUAUUUCAGAUGAUUGAAAAAGAAAAAAAGAAAAAACAAGCAAAGAGAACAAACACGAUGGAAGUAAAGGAGGCGCAGAAAUAAAGGAAAAAAGAAAUGGAUACACAGAACACGAGCAGAGCAAGAGAGAAACAAGAAACCUGGCAAAAAUAUAUACAACCUUGACUUUGGGUUUACAUAUAUCGAAGCAGUAGGUAUCAUAUUACAGGGCUUCUGAGUAACCAAAUCAAGUACAUGGAUGUUGCAGGUACAAAUAGCAAGCUAAGAUCAUAAGUUUGCAAUUCUUCACAAAAGUUGCAAAUCUGGUCACCACUUUAAUGCACAGAAGAUGGCUCUUUAAUGUACUAAGGAAAGUAUAAGCAGGAAAAUAAUCUCUUUCUCUUUCGCUGCAUGUCCUUCCUCGAAAUAAAACAGGUGGUUGGUCCAAGACUUCAUUAUUUAUGCACUUCGAUUUAG